AUGGCUUCAAUGUGUAUUUUCUCCAUAAUCAACUCGAAGGAGACGAAUGAUUUGCCAAUUACAUAUUUCCUAACACACAUGGUGCAAUCUUUGAGGGCAUUCUCUUACCUCAAGCACUUGGAUCUUAUGGGACCGUUCUUGGAUAAUUCUAAUGUGGAUUGGAACUUUCCACAAAGUAUUGGAGCACUCAUAUCCCUCAAGAUUUUAUCUUCGUCCCGAUGCAGACUCAAUGGCACCAUUCCCGUUCAUGCUUUUUUUAUUGGUGAGAUAGGAAAUAAAUUAGCAGGGUUGUGUGAACUUAAAAACCUCCAAGAGUUAGAUCUUAGAUGGAAUGAGUAUGAAGGAAUACUUCCUUCAUGUGUUGCAAACAUGACAUCUCUUAGAUUGGUUGAACUCUUACACAAUACUUUCACCAGAAAUAUUGCCUCCUCUCCACUUACGAAACUCACAUCGCUUGAAUAUAUCUCCAUUUCAAGUAACAACUUUCAAGUUCCAAUUUCUUUCAAGGCAUUCUUUAAUCAUUCCAGCUUUAAUUUUUUAUUUUUGGAAAACAAUGAAAUAAUAAAUGACGAGUUGGGAAAUUUGGUUCCCAAUUUUCAUCUAGAGGUUUUUAGUAUGCUAAACUCAAGAGGUUGUCCAUCACUACCCAGCUUCCUCUACUAUCAAUUCAAUUUGAGAAUUCUUCAUCUCUCAAAUAACAGCAUAGGAUGGAAUUUUCCAACUUGGUUGUUGGAGAACAACACAAGACUUAAGGGAUUAUACCUGAUGGAUAAUGCUUUUACAGGACCUCUCAAGUUGCCAACAUGCAUCAAUCCCAACAUGGAGAAUUUUGAUGUAUCUAAUAACAAGUUCAAUGGACAUGUUCCAACUAAUAUGACUUCAAUUUUUCCAAACCUAUUUGCAUUAAACAUGUCAACAAAUAUGUUUGACGGUUGUGUACCUUCCAGUUUCGAUGACUUAAAAUCUAUAAGCAAUAACCAUUUUGAAGGUACAAUUCCUCACCAAUUUUGUGAGAUGGACCAACUAAGCAUGAUAGACCUUUCUUUUAAUUUUCUUUCGGGUCAAAUCCCACACUGCUUUGGUAACUUGACACUAGAGGUGAUCGAGGAGAAGUCUGGAUGGGUUGAAGGGGCAUUCACUUCUUCACUUCAAACACUCUUGUCUUACAUGGAUGAGGUUGAAUUAGAAACGGCCUGUCACGUGUUUCCACUCGAAACUGGAUUUUUCAGAUUAAAUGAUGUGCCAAUUACAGGGAAAUUCAUAACAAAGAGAAAUUCUUAUACUUACAAAGGUAGCAUCCUCAAUUACAUGUCAGGAAUUGAUUUGUCUUCUAAUAAAUUACAUGGUAAAAUUCCAGAUGGCCUUGGAAAUUUAAGUGGGAGGAUCCCCACUGAUCUGAUCAAGUUAAAUGUUUUGGCAGUCUUUAGUGUGGCACAUAACAAUUUAGCAGGUAUGAUACCAGAGAAAGGUCGGUUUGGAACAUUUGAUGAAGGUAGCUAUCAAGGAAAUCCUUAUCUUUGUGGCCGUCCAUUACCUAACGACUGUACUAGCACCGGAUCAACACCUGUCUUGCCAACUGCUGAUGAUGAAAAUGAGGAGUGCAGUUUCAUGGACAUGGAGUUCUUCUACAUAAGCGUCAUCAUAUCUUAUUUAUCUGUAGUGUUUUGCAUUGCUACAGUUCUAUUCAUAAAUCCUCACUGGAGAAAAGCAUGUUUUCAUUCCAUUGAGGUUUAUAUAAUCCAUUUUACCUCGUUGGAAAGGGUGCCAUUGAUUCCACACCCAGCCAAAGAUAAAAACCUUUAG